GCGAAAUAUACAGAAAACAAAAGGUGACACCUUUUUUGUGGUUUUACAUUUUCAGACACAAUGGCCACUCUUUCUUCUCCCAAAAGAAACGGCAGCUUAACCACCGCGGCCUCCGCCAGGUGGGAGGAGCUCAACCCUGAAAUACUGGCACUCAUACUAGUCCGUAUCCCAGCUGAAGAGAGAGUAGGACACGUGUCAUUGGUGUGUAAGUCAUGGCUGGCUUGUGUUUAUGGACCUUACUGCUGGUCUGAAAUAGACAUCCAACAAUGGUGUCGCCGUCAGUUUCGGUCCGCUGAUCGAGUUGACUCGGCCGUGCGUAAGCUCAUUAAGCGUAGUAGAGGCGCAUUUCGCUUGCUGUCUGCACACAAGCUUGGGGAUGCUGGUUUUGCUUUUGCUGCUAACUGUGGGAAAUACCUCAAAGUACUGCAGAUUCCGAUGAGUGAAGUCACCGACAAGAUAGUCGAAAAGCACGCAGCCUCACUACUACACUUGACAGUUCUAGACAUAACCUAUUGUUUGAAGAUCACAUCGAAAGGUAUUGAAGCAUUGGGGAAGAACUGCAAAUCCUUGAUUCAUCUGAGGAGAAAUAUGCCCCCACCAGAGUGGGAGAGACCGGCGCAAGGAAACGCUUCCCGCUCUAAUGAUAUUGAGGCAAUGGCCAUUGCCAAUAUAAUGCCAGGGCUUCAGCAUCUUGAACUCGGGUUUGGCACGUUCGGAGACUCUGGUCUCGACGCAAUCCUCACCGAGUGUAAGGCUCUAUCACACCUUGACAUUCGAGGCUGCUGGAAUGUGAGGCUGGAAGGUGAUCUGGAAGAUAGGUGCACGAAGCUUCGGUUUUUCAAUGGACCCUGGAUUGAUGACUAUGGUAGUAGUAAUGAUAGUGAUGGAGAAUAUCCUUCAACUGAUUCAGAGUCUGAUUAGGUUUCAAUUUUAUUUUUGGCAUAUUACAAAUCAAAGUUUUUGGUUUGAUUUUGGAA